AUGAGAAGAUUGAAAUAUGUGGAGAAGGUGAAUGUGUUUGAGGAGAUUGAGGAAGAUGUGGAGAAGGUGACUGUGUUGGAGGAGAAGGAGGAUGAUGUGGAGAAGGAAGAUUUGGAGAAGGUGAAUGUGUUGAUUGAGGAUCUGGUGAAGAAAAUUAAUGACGUGGAGAAGGUGAAUGAGAAGAUUGAGGAAGAUGUGGUGAAUGAAAAGAUUAACAAAGAUAAGGAUGUGGAUCUGUUUGUGGAGAAAAAUGUGGUGAAGAGAAGGACAAGAUUGAGGAUCUGUUGGCGGAGAAGGUGGAAGAUGUGGCAUAAGGUGAAUGAUAAUGUGGAGGAAGAUGUGGUGAAUGAGAAAGUGGAGGAUGAGGAUCUAAAGAAGGAUGAUGACAAGAUUGAGGAUAUGUUGGUGGAGAAGGUGGAGGAUGUGGAGAAGGUGAAUGAGAAGGUGGAGGAAGAUAUUGAGGAUCUGUUGGUAGAGAAGGUGGAGAAUGUGGAGAAGGUGAAUGAGAAGGUGGAGGAUGAUGUAGUGAAUGAGAAAGAUGUGGUGCUGAAGGAUGAGGAUCUGAAGAAGGAUGAGGACAAUAUUGAGGAUAUGGUGAAUGAGAAGAUUGAGGAUGUGGUGCUGAAGGAUAAUGAUGUGUUUGUAGACAAGAAGAAGGUGAACAAGAAGAAGGUGCAUAAUAAGAAGGUGGAGAAGAAGAAGGUGGAGAAGAAGAAAGACAAGGAGGAGAAGGAUGUGUUUGUGGAGAUGAUGGAUAAGAAGAAGGUGAAGAAGAAGGUAGACAAAGAGGAGGAGGAUGUGUUUGUGGAGAAGGUGGACGAGAAGAAGGUGGACAAGAAGAAAUAA